AUGUCUCUCGGUGGAGCCUCCGAGCGCAGCGUCCCAGCCACCAAGAUUGAAAUUACCGUGUCCUGCCGGAACCUGCUGGACCUCGAUACCUUCUCCAAGUCCGACCCCAUGGUGGUGCUUUACACGCAGAGCCAGGCCAGCCAGGAGUGGAGGGAGUUCGGACGGACCGAAGUGAUCGACAACACGCUGAACCCAGACUUCGUGCGCAAAUUCGUCCUGGACUAUUUCUUUGAGGAAAAGCAAAAACUGCGCUUCGAUGUGUACAACGUUGACUCCAAAACCAACAUCUCCAAACCGAAGGAUUUCCUGGGACAAGCAUUCCUGGCCCUGGGAGAGGUGAUCGGAGGCCAGGGCAGCCGUGUAGAGCGACCCCUCACGGGUGUACCAGGCAAGAAGUGUGGGACCAUAUUGCUGACUGCAGAGGAGCUUAGCAAUUGUCGGGACAUUGCCACUAUGCAGCUGUGUGCAAACAAGCUGGACAAGAAGGACUUCUUUGGGAAAUCAGACCCCUUCCUUGUGUUCUACAGGAGCAAUGAGGAUGGCACGUUUACUAUCUGCCAUAAGACAGAGGUUGUGAAAAACACGCUGAAUCCUGUGUGGCAGCCCUUCAGCAUCCCUGUGCGGGCACUGUGCAAUGGAGACUAUGACAGAACAGUGAAGAUUGAUGUGUAUGACUGGGACCGCAAUGGAAGCCACGAUUUCAUCGGUGAGUUUACCACCAGCUACCGGGAGCUGAGCAAGGCCCAGAACCAGUUCACAGUGUAUGAGGUACUUAACCCUCGGAAGAAAUGUAAGAAGAAGAAAUAUGUCAACUCAGGAACUGUGACACUGCUCUCCUUCUCUGUGGACUCUGAAUUCACUUUUGUUGAUUACAUCAAGGGAGGGACACAGCUGAACUUCACAGUAGCUAUUGACUUCACAGCUUCCAAUGGGAACCCCCUGCAGCCUACCUCCCUGCACUACAUGAGUCCCUACCAGCUCAGCGCCUAUGCCAUGGCCCUCAAGGCAGUGGGAGAGAUCAUCCAGGACUAUGACAGUGACAAGCUCUUCCCAGCUUAUGGCUUUGGGGCUAAACUGCCCCCAGAGGGACGGAUCUCCCACCAAUUCCCCCUGAACAACAAUGAUGAGGACCCCAACUGUGUGGGCAUCGAGGGUGUGCUGGAGAGCUAUUUCCAGAGCCUGCGCACAGUGCAGCUCUAUGGGCCCACCUACUUUGCUCCUGUCAUCAACCAGGUGGCCAGGACUGCAGCCAAGAUUUCUGAUGGUUCCCAGUACUAUGUUCUGCUCAUCAUCACCGAUGGAGUCAUCUCUGACAUGACACAGACCAAGGAGGCCAUCGUUAGCGUGAGUCUGAGGAGGAGGGCUUGGCAGGGAGGGGUAAUGGAUGUCUUUUCUGCAGCAAUGGAAGAGCUGGAUGGUGAUGAAGUGCGCGUGUCCUCUAGGGGACGCUAUGCAGAGCGGGACAUCGUUCAGUUUGUCCCAUUCCGAGACUAUGUUGACCGGUCCGGGAACCAGGUGCUGAGCAUGGCCAGACUGGCCAAGGAUGUACUGGCAGAGAUCCCGGAGCAGCUGCUGUCCUAUAUGCGCACCAGGGACAUCCAGCCUCGGCCCCCACCCCCUGCUAACUCCAGUCCAACCCCAGCUCCAGAGCAGCCCUGA